AUGGACAUUGAUCCUGACAAUGCUGAUUCUUAUGGCAGUGAUUGUGGUCACGGUGGUAUUCGUUCAGGAGCUGGUCGUAAGAGGAAAAUACGAUCAUCAUCAAUUGAUAUAAUGACAGAUGCAAGAAGAAAACAUGCUGCACGUCGACAAGAAACAGAUGAAUUGAGAAAAUGGAUAAAUGAAUUAAAAUGGUCGCAUCAAGGUGUUCCAUCGACUCGUCGUGAUAAUGCUACAGCAUUGUUGUUUAUAUUUAAUCUAUUAUUAGAAGAUGAUAAUUUAACACAAACAGAAGCAAUUGAUACAGCUGGUCGAUAUUUAGGUCGUAGUGCUGCUGGUUUAUGUGCAUUGGUAGCACAUUGGAAUAAAUAUCAAGAGAUAUACGUUGAAUCAGGUACAAGAGGCAGACCAUUUGGUCAACAAUCAUCAGAAUUAUUUGUAUCUUUACCUCAUUUUGUUAUGACAAGUAUUAUGGAUCGUCAUGCAGAAGGUAAAGCUACUACGGUUAAAGAUAUACAACAAGCAAUUGUUGAUACAUAUCAAGAAUACAUAGGCUAUUGGCCGAUAUAUUAUCUUAUGCAUGAUAAAAUGAAAUUAUCAUAUGGCUUAUUAAAAGACUCGGCCAAGUUAACAGAAGAUGCUGAUCGAAUCAAACGUAUUCGACAAUUUCUGGUCAAAUAUGCCACUGCUCUGAAUUUACAAAAGAAUAAAGAAGCAGUAGCAUAUUUGACCAGAAAUUGUCGAAUACGUUUGAUUCGAUCAGCAUCUUCUGUUAACUUGGCCGAGUCUUUUAAUAAGCCAUAUGAUAAUUUCAUUUUAUCAUGCAUAAGAUAA